AUGGAGUGUGAAUUCAUGUGUGACGACGGUGUGAUGCGAAGUUUGGACAUAACUGCCGAGGCGACGUCUCCAUUUGGGUGCGUCUACCAGCAGCGGUUGCGCACCCCACGGGGUGAAGGCGCCACUCUGGGCGUCUCAGACGAGAAGCUUUAUGUACUUCUCGAUGAAAUGCAUCAGUCUCUUAUCGCAACCGGUUUCACGCGGGAGGAGUUUGCGGCCGGUCGUUUGCAGACAAUUCCAGAUGCGCCAAUAGAGGUCACGCCAGUUGAUUCGCACCGUGUCAAGCACGGUAUUUUUUGCGGUCGACAUGUUAGUAUCGUUACACAGGACUACAACGGUCCUUGCCCCUUGUUGGCUGUCGCCAAUGCUUUGGCGCUUGCAGGGCGGAUUCAACUAUGCGAUGGUGACUGCCGCCGCGUUGAAGGCGUUCACGUGCGUCACAUGUUGCUUAACCACGCCACAGCGAACGACAAGCCCGUUGCCCCGCGCUUCACAUCCGCACCGACGCGGGUGGUAGAUGGUGUGGAGGUUAGCACACUAGCAGGGAUGGUGAAAGAGCGUUUGGAGGAGGUAAGGUCUUAUUUGGCCCAAGAAAAUGAAGGAGAGAAGACAAUGCGUCGGUUAUAUUACGGUAUGAACAUAAGCCCAAGUUUUUGUGGUGUGGACUGCUUUGAGGCCGAAAGUGAUGUGAUGCUGUUUGCGCUUUCUGGGUUGCGCGUAGUUCACGGCUGGUUCAUCCCAGCGGAAAGCCCGUUCGCUGCGCUGCGGGAAAUGUCUUUCAAUGAGGUAAGCGUCAUUGCGACGAAGAGUGACUCCCCCCUCUCGGAUCUUGCUGGGGAAUUCCUUCGCAGCACCCAGUCUCAGUUGACGGAGGCUGGUUUGGAAAUGCUCCGACAGGAUUUGUGUGAGGGCGAGGUGGUAGUUCUCUUUUGGAAUAACCAUUUUUCAACUGUCGUGAAGCUUAACGGCCGCCUCCUCCUGCUUCUUUCCGACGAGACGUAUGCGGACAAGUCCGCCGUGUUUUUCCAAACAAUUGAAGAUGCAUACGGCGCCGCCACUUUUACUGACGGCAACGGCAGGGAUGCCGAUGGGUUUUUACUAGCGGUUCAAUCUCUAACAGGAAAUGACUUUAGCGACGAAGACAUUAAUGCAGCGAAAUCUGAAAUUCGGAACGAAACUGACGCAGAGCCGAGUCCGCAGGUUGUUGUAGAUUAUUUAAAGAGGAAGCGACGUAGCCAGCGGGCUGCCGAAAAGGGGAAGGUUGAUUGA